UCUCGAGUCAGUACUACGUAGACAAUCGAACGAUACAGACCUAGACGACAUACAUAGUAAUUAUUUAUUCACGACGACGAAGAACACGAAGAAGAAGAUGACGACAAUGACGACGUAGUUAAAGGAAUCAUCAUCGUAAAGAAAGCUUUCGUUAUAUUUGUUAAAAAACAUAGAUAUCAAAGGAAUUGAAAAUAUGCGGUGGUAUAAGCAGCGGAGGGGAGGUUUGUUGUUCAGCCGACAUGGAAUUACGAUUACAAGCAAGGGCACGAGACAAGCACGAGAAAGAAACCAAGGAUACACUUCAGCGACUCCAUCAGCUCUUGUCCACUCGUGGAAAUAGAUUUCAUAGUUUCUUCAAGGAACUCUUGGCGACCAGCAAGAGAGGCUUCCACGAGAUGUUCAAGAAAACUUAUGGGAUUUUGUAUGAACAAAAUGCUUACGUCUUCACGGAUCUAUUCAAAGAACUUGAGAAUUAUUAUGCUAAGGGAACGGUCAAUCUGGAUGAUACGAUGGACAAUUUCUUCAAUACGCUUUAUCAAAAGAUGUUCACCGUGUUGAACAGUCAAUAUAAGUUCGACGAUAAAUAUUUGGAAUGCGUGGGCGAUCACAUGAAGGAAAUGAGGCCGUUCGGGGAUGUACCACAGAAACUCAGCGUUCAAAUAAAAAGAUCAUUCGUUUCUACUAGAGCCUUCAGUCAAGCUUUAACAGUAGCUGCUGACGUUUUGAAGAACAUGCAAACGUUGAAAUCAUCACCAGAAUGUGCUGCGGCGUUGACAAGAAUGACGGCCUGUCUCUCGUGCAGCGGUAUAGCAGGGAAGGUGUUGGCUUGCGGCGACAUGUGUACUAACGUAAUGAAGGGGUGUUUAGCACAGCACGUGGCGCUUGACGGCGAAUGGAAUCAAUUUGUCGAGGCCUUCGAUAAAGUAGCCGAUCGUUUGCUCGGCCCGUUCAACAUAGAGAUGUUGAUGAAACCAAUAAACUUGAAGAUAUCGGAAGCGAUAAUGAACUUCCAAGAGAGCAGUAGCGACGUCUCGCAAAGGAUAUUCACCGGAUGCGGACGUCCUGUCUUGGGUAGACGAAGACGAAGAGAUAACAGAGAGUUGGAACUAGAAUCUUUGAACUUCGAUCAGGAAACGUCGGCCGAGGAUCGUUCCUCGACCGCCGCGAUACUGGACAAGCUCGUCAAGGAGAUAAGACAGAGGGUGAGAGAUUCUCGACAGUUCUGGGUCUAUCUACCUUAUCAGUUAUGCAAUGACGGUUUAGUACAACCACCUAGUAAUACAAAGGAAUGUUGGAACGGCACACAUGUCGAUAAAUAUAUAUAUCCUGUAUCAUCGGACGGUGAGACGCAACCAUUAAAUCCGGAAGUACGAAGUAGCGGACCAAGGCCUACGAUCGUUAGAGAUCAAAUAUUUGCAUUAACAACGAUAACGAACAGGCUUAGAUCUGCAUUCAAUGGUCAAGAUGUCGAUUGGAUAGAUACAGAGGAAACGUGGUACGGAUCGGGAAGUGGAUCCGGUGACGGUUCAGGUGGUAUAGACAACGAGAAUCAUUUCGAGGAAGGAUCAGGUUAUGGUGGCGAUCAUUCAUCCCCGGAACAACCAACGAAACAGGCAACACCUAAUAAAGGUCCAGAAGAGGUACCAACAGGCGGAAAGACGGACACGGAGACCAAACCAAAUAUCAAUGACAACGUUAAGAAACACGGUGGCAAUAAUGCAACGUCUACGGUAGACGUUAGUGGAGCUAGCAGACAAAAAAUAUCAUUGUCGCGUGCACUAACAACGUAUUUGGUGCCGAUUGUCGUUAUGUGGUUUGGUGGAUGUCUAACCGAGUGGCUGUGAUCAUCAUAUUCGGCAUUAUUAUUAUUAUUAUCAUCAUCGAUUCGGUAGAUUGUGUACUACAAGUGUAAAUAAUCUUCUCUCCUCUCAUGUAUGUGUUCGCGGGAGAACGGUAAAAACUCUUUUUCAUUCGAUGAACGACGAUUUUACUCCCUGUCCACCCCCUGCCCCUCACGCCCCCCCAUCCAGCUUAUCCCCAUUGAUCAACAAUAACAACAAUAACAACAAC